UGUUUUUUUCCAGGGACCAGUCCUUGACUUUGCUCAGAGAAAUCAUAAACAAAAUCCACUUUGCCAUGUUAAAUGCAUUCAGAUUGUGUGGUCCAAAUCGGGUUCUAGAUCAGUACAUGUGAAAAAGAAAGAAAAUGAAUCAAAGCAGUGAACAGAAAGUACACAUCUGGCACUCCUUCAUCCAGUCUCUGAAUCCAAACGAACUGAACCGGACAGUGAAGGUGAUCAGUGGAACUUACUUACAAGGGUCCUUGUACAAUUUCUCCUUUUCUGAAGGAGAUAUUAUUAGGAUCACAGACCUAAUUCCAACUGAGCUCAAAGCAGUGAUUCUGGAAAAAUAUAAAUUGGGAAAGACAAUCUUGGAUGUGCCGCUUUUCUAUAAAGGGGAAUUUCUGCUCAUUCCAGAUCCAGGUACCUAUGAGACUGUGGGCAAUCUUGUAAACUGCGUGAAGAUAGGGGCUAAGAUGGAAGAACAGCCAAGAUUCCAAAACAAGGUGAAAAUUUCUUUGGCCGAUGGCACCGUUCUUGGGAAAGGUGAAGAAUUAGCAUUACUUGGAAUGGAAGAAGGAGUCCAUGGGAAGAUGCUGAAAUGUCAGCUCAUUCAAAGGGAAAAACAUCCAGUUGUACAUCUGCCAAUGAAUUGCAGAGGGGUGUUCCAGGAGUGUCACGAUGACAAUUACUACACACUUGAUCAAAUACUCAAAUGGAAGAUUGCGGUGGGCCGCAGCCGUAUUGUAAAGCCAGUGACAGGCGCCCCAGCAUUCAAAGAACAUUUCUCCAUCUUCCCAAAAAAUUUCAGCGGCCAGUUACUCCUUCAACCCAGCUAUAGCAUCAAAGCAAUACUCUCAGGAGAAGUCGAAACUCUGAUCCCAGCACAACUGGAUUUUGAAAUAGUCGAUAUCACUGAUAUGGUGAAGAACCCUAUUGUUGGAACCACUUAUCUGGAAGAUAUUUACACAAUGGCAAAUGACAAGUUUCCUCUGACUGUUCAAGUUGCAGACAUCAUGGGCAAAAGCUGUCGCCUUAACAUGAAGGACAAAUGUAACUCCACAUACCUUGAAGCUGGACAGUACCUCACAAUCUUGGGACGAGUAGAGAUGAAAAAAUACCUGGCCACUGAAGUUUCUCAACACCCAGCCAGAAAACAUUUCCUCAUUCCACAGAACUACAGUGCUUUAUUUCAGAGGAUUCCGAGAACAUUCCAAACAGUUUAUGACUUGGAACUUGCAAGGAAGGCGAGUGGAAUGAUUGAAGUUAUUGCUACACAAAGUUAUAUUGCAGAUCUCGAAGGAUUGUCUUCAUUUGUAACAGGAGAUGGAUUCCGCACAGUCAAGCCUGCAAAUGUUUCUACACUUGCUGGGAUGCAACCACAAAUCAUACCCGUUUUAAUAUGCAAGACCGUCUCCACUCGUGAUAUAGUCGCACUCCCAAUGUAUGCAGUAGGAUCAUUCUUGGAAGUUUUAAAAGACAGAGAAGUAUUCACCAUUGAUGAAUUGCUUGUCCACCACAAGCCCCCGUGCUGUGUAAAAGUGAUUUGUCAAGGCCAGUCGCUUCCAAGCAGACUUCUGUUUGGUAUAAAUGAGCUCCAGAUCGACGGUGAGGUCAACAUGAAAUAUCUCAUUGUUAAACGGACUCAGGCUUCAGCUGAACCUUUUGAAAUACCUGUUGAACUGGUGAAAGUCAUGGUGACCAUGGUGAGCCAAGAGUUACCUCCCUGUGGUGAGCAAGUCUUCAAUCUGCCAUUACCUGCAACAGUUGAAGCUUUAUCAGCUGAGGACUAUAAGUUGCUUAAAGGCUGUGAUGUAUGUCCAGCACCUCCUCCACUACCUCCCAAAUUCAGGAGUAGGAUUCCAUCACAUCAUCAAAUGCAAAUCCGUCCAUUCCCACCCAGAGUGACAGGAGCAACUCUUCUCCUUCCCAAUGAGACUACCGAACUGUCAGAAACACACUCACAAAACCGUAGAAAAUUGCAGAACAUUUAUCUCAUGGAGCCUGUGUGAAAGAGAUGGUGUUUCAGAAAAGCCAAGUAUGGGACUAAUGUAAAUUUCCUCAUCUUUUCAAAGAAAAUAUUAUAUGUAGUAUGUUUCUUCCGACUGUUAAAAAUUGGGACAAUUCAAUUUUCUCUUCCAGGUUGACAAUUCAGCAGGCACCUCAAACAAGAUCAUCAACAGAAUUGGCAUGUGAACACUUUAUAAUACAUUGAUUGACAUGUAUAUCAGACUUUAUACUUAGUUUAAAUACAUCAGUAAUUAAAUACUGUGUAUGUAAUAUUUUUCAAUGACAUUAAAUUCAAAGUACCUGGAA